AUGAACUCAAUUAACAUCGGAGAUGAGAGCAGUAUAGAGAACAGUGAUGACGCUAGCAGUGACCAUGACUUUGUAGACAUCAGUCACGACGAAGAUGCGCAGAAUCUGGUCUCGGAUCCGAACGGAAACAUAAGCUUGCCGUCUGCGCGUGUAGUUACAUCAGAGUUGCAGUCGUUUCUCCUUUCUGACAGUGGGGACUACGGAGUGGAAAGCAGUGUGGAUGAGACCUUGAUAUCGCCCUUGAAAAGACACCCAUCGGGGCUGACAGUUAAGGAGAUCCAACGUCGUGCAGGGUUCCAAAACUCCACCGACACUUCAGAUAAUGAGUUGAGCCAGUCAAUAACGAGUAGUAGCGAGGACUCCUCGAAGUAUGCAAGUGUCGAACAUGGGGUGCACCUGAAUCGGAGUGGGACGCUCGUUAUUUCCGGUCAGAGUCAAGAGGAGUUGAGUGCAAUCAAAGCGAGACAGAUUUUGAUGACACAGGAGAAACACAUGUUCAUUCUGAGCUCGGCAGGUAAACCGAUCUACACGCGGCACAGUCAAGAAGACGAACAUCUUCCUCUGUUCGGAGUGAUGACUGCGCUAGUUUCAUUCAUCAGUGUAGAAAAUGACACCCUAAGUUCGAUCAGAACCAAAGACAGACUGUUCGUUUUCCUGGUGAGGUCACCUCUGAUAUUGGUUGGAGUGAGUGGCUUGAAGGACUCCGUGAACCAGUUGGCGAGACAGCUGUCCUACAUGUACAACCAGGUCAUAUCACUAGUCAGUGCCAAGAUGCUACAGGCCAGAUUCAAAGUCAGAGAGAACUACGAUCUAAGGCGUCUGCUGGACGACAGUGGUCGGAAGUAUCUGGACGGGAUGUGUGACAUGAUGGAGAACAACCCCAGUGUGCUCUUAGGCUCAGUGCACUGUGUCAAACUGAAGGGAAACAUCAGAGAUCUCAUCGGAAGGAGUUUAGUCGUAGAUGUCAAGGAUCUAGUGUUCAACGUGUUGAUGGCAAGAAACCAACUGAUCCAGUACUCCCAUAUGCGAUCUUGUAUGUUGCAGCCAUCGGACAUGCACAUUCUGUUCAAUCUAGUCGCCAGAACAGGGAACUUCCGCGACACUGACAUCGCCCACUGGCUCCCCAUUUGUCUUCCAGGUCCAUUCAAUUUAUCAUUUUACACAAGCAGUUCUGAUGUUCGAACUUAG